AUGGGCACUGUCAGAGCUGCCAGGGUCCAGAGCAUCACAGGUCCCAAUAACACCGAGGACAUGGAAAGGCGCUACCAAGACCUGGUGCUCGCCCUGGACUCCAGCAGAACACAAAACCAGCAGCUCUGCAAUGAGAUCCAACAACUGAAGCAGGAAAGGAAAGACCUGCAAGAUCAACAGGGGAAAGAGAAUGAGAAGAUUGCCUGCCUGCAUGAACAGGUGGCCAAUGAAAGCUCCCUGGAGCAGGAGGCUCUCACCAGCCGCCUGCAGGCCGCACAGCAGCCACUGACAGAGCUCGAGCUCCAGUUGUCUGCGGUGUCCACCAGGCAGGAGGAGACCGAGAACAACAACAUAGAGCUCAUGAAAGUCCCGAACCGCGUGCAGCUGCAGCUCCAGGAAAAGGCCAGAAGCUAUGAAGACCUGGAGGACGCGAACACCCAGCUGCACGAGAAGCUGGAAGUGCUCCUGACACAGAAAGCUGACCUGAAGAUCCAAAUCCACGAGUGCCAAGAGGCACUAGGGGAGCAAGAGGAGUUGGAAAGACAACUAAACCACAUGAAAGAGUUGGUGACAGCAUUAAAGGCACAGCAGCUCUCAGAGCAGGUGAGCCAGCUGAGAGAAGAGAAAGAGCAGGGGGAGAGGCAAGUGUGGGAGCUAGAGAACAACCUGGUGGAGCUGAGAGCGCAGCUGGCAGAGCUGCAGCCCCCGCAGCCCCCCACAGGGCCAUCUGAGGCUGAGCAGCAGCUGCAGGCCCAGGCCCUGCAGUUGCAGAAGGAGCUCAAGAGCCUGGAGGAGCAACUGCACAUGCAGCUGAAGGAGAACCAGAGCCUCUGCCUCCAGAACCUGGAGCAGUGGCAGCGGCUGUGGAUCAUGGAGAAGAAGGCCGAGGAAUGGGACCAGCAUGCCGAGGUUCGGCUGAAGAUCCUCGAGAUGUUGGAGAAGGAACAGGAGACCAAGAGGCGCACGCUGGUGUGCAACCAACAGCUGAAAGACAAGCUGGCCCAGCUGCAGGAUGCCGUGCAGAGGCUGAGCGCUGAGAAGGAGGAGCUGGCCAGCCUCCUGCUCUCAGAGCAGCAAGAGAAGACAAGCCUGCAGGAGAAGCUGGAGAAGCUGGAGGGAAAGGUGGCAGAAGGCAAAGAGAUGGCUGAGCUGGAGAGCCAAGCAGCUGAGGACCUGCAGGAUCUGCGUGACAAGUACCUGGCCCAGGUGCAGGAGGUCAUAGCCACCCGUGAACAGCACAGGGCCUCCUGCCAGCAGCUGAUCUCUGAGAAGGAGGCCCUGAAGCAGCACCUGCUGAGACAGAGCAAUCUGCUGGAGCAGCUGAAGCAGGAGCAGGUGCAGCACGAGUUGCUGGCCCAGAUAGAAAGGGAGAAGUUCCAGAACACUCUGAAGUGUCUGGAAGCCACAAGACGCGAGAAUGCUCAGCUGCGGGCCCAGCUGAGCGCCAUGGCUUUCCCGAGGGAGGGUGAAGGCCUAAGCCAAGAAGGAGACAAGGGUGAGGAGGCGACUCCCCCCGCUGGGACUGUCCCAGAGGACGUGGACAAUCCAGAAAGCAUGUGGGAUUUUUACAUGGAAGCACUGUCCAUUGCAGAGUGCAAGAAGGCGAGGCUCAGCCGGCAGCUGCAGGAGCAGCAGGCGCGCUGUGGGUGCCUGAGCCAGCUGGCAGCCCAGUGCCAGAGAAAGCUGGAGCGCCAGACCUCCUUCCCCAAGCACUGGCUCCAUGGCCUGUUGGGCAGGAGGAAGCAGGAGACACAGGCGCCUAAGAGGAAGCUGCACAUCUGCUUCCCCGAAGACCUGGCCGACAAAGUGGACGCCCAGAGUCCAGUGGAUGACCUGCAACAUCGCUGCAGCCAGCUGUCCCAACACAUGGCUGCAAUCGAAGAGACCAUCGUGUUCUACAAAGAACAGAUGGACGUCCUGGAGAAGCUGUGUCAGGAGAAAGACGAAUGUGUCAGCCAGCUGUCGAAGGAGAAGAGGAGGAAGAUGAAGGAGCUGAAGGAGCUGCUGCUGCGCCUUGCAGGGGAGGGCACGGAGUGCCAGGAUGCAGUGCUGGCAGCUGCCCAGGCCCCUGCUGCCGAGGUUCCCUCACACCUCUCUGGCCUCCUGACGAUGGAAGUUGUGCAGGAGCAGCAAGAGUUCAAAGACAUGCAUCUUAAAGAAAAGGUGGGGCCUGUCCCUGCAGAGGCUGGGGUGUCUGGGCCCCUGGAGAACCCCACUGCAGAGCCUUCUGUGUGGCUGCUGCCUACCAUGUAG